AAACAUUCUACUGGCGGUUGCGGCUUGGACAGAGAAAAUUAUUUUUUUCUAGGCUCUCCUUCAGGUCGCCCCUUUCACACUCGGUCAAGAACGAUUAGAUCUCUCUCCUCUCUUUGUCAACUCAUUUGUUCAAAACACCAUGUCCGAAUCAACCUCCAAGCGGGUCAAGGUCCCCAAGCCGGAAAAGAAAAAGUCCUCCACCACUAGCGCCGUAUCCUCAGAUCACUCCUCAGCCAACGAUACCACAGCAACAACAACAACAACAACAGACGACGCCUUGAUCAACAUCCCGGCUAUCAAGAAAAAGAAGGAGCGCCACGUCAAGACCGAGACCGAUAUUGCUGCGAAACAGGAACGUAAGAAACUUCGCAAGGAAGCGGAGCAACUCAAGAAGGAGGCCCAGUUGGCCAAGAAGGGACUGGUAGCACAAAAGACCGCGAUCCAGAACAAGACCCCGAAAUGGAAACAGUUUUUGAAGAACACGACUGAGGCUGAUAAUGCAGAGCAAUUGAAGGAUACUACCUAUAAGGUCAAGGGCGACGAUGGAUCGGAUGAGGAGGAGGACGGAAGUGAUAGCGAUGACGAUACAAAGGAGAAGAACAAAAAGAGCAAGAGGAAGGCAGACAAGCAAGCAGAGGUCGGUUCUUCAAAGAGCAAAAAGAGCAAGAGCAAGCAUGAGAACAACGCUGCACUCACUGCAUUAGACACCUCGACACCAGGCCUGGCAUACCUGGUAGAAUGGAAGAGAUCAAAGGACACAUGGAAGUUUCAAAAGCUCCGACAAGUAUGGCUUCUCAACCACAUGUACGACGACAAGGAAAUACCCAGCACCCAUUGGAACAUCUUUCUGGACUAUAUUCACGAUCUGAAAGGCGCCGCCAGGAACUCUACCAUCCAAGAUGCCAAGAAGAUCGUCGAAGCCCCAGAACCCGAAGACUCCAAGGAAGACGAAGAGAAAGAGAACGGCACAACAGAGGACAAGGGUGAGGACGAGGAAAUGAAGGAUGCCAGCACAGAAGAUUCGACAGUGUCAACGAUCCCAUUGAGCGAAGAAGAAAAGGCGGCAGAGGAAGCGGCAGAGCAGGCUAAAGUCGAGGCUAAGAGGGCGGCAGAGGUCAAGGCAUCAAGAGCAUUGGACGUCCUGCGGGUUCUGGCAUAGUGGCCCCUCGUCGAACGCCCUAUCAGCUCUCCUUUCUGCAUCAUCUCCUUCACCAAAGCCAGCAUAACCACUUUACAGCCAUGCAUUCUUAAUAAAUAGAAAAACUGCACUCGCAUUUGAUAUCCUACGUACUUGAUCCAAAUGGUUGCCCUCACCCUCCCUUCAUAUAUAAAAAAAAAUGUUGAGAUCACAACAAACAUGGUAGUCACAUUUUA